UCGAUUUCUUCCGAGGCGGCGGCGGCGGUGGCGGCGCCAAGAUGGCGGCCAAGGCUCCUGUAUAACUUCAUAUCUCCUUGUCUUCCAUGAUUUUAAAACAUCGGUAACCUUUUUCAUCUUCACUGCUUUGUCUGUCUGCUCCUUAAUUUAUUCCUAAAAAACAAUGGCAAAAUGGGCAGCCGUCCCUGCCGCUUUGGCAUGUGCGUCUAUUAAUGUGUAUGCUGCAGCGGAAGAGGAACCAACAUCCCAGCUGGUUAAAACACACCAGCUUUCUAUUUAUAAUGCACCACCUCUGAAAUCAAGGUACAUUGAUGAAAAGCCUGGCCGCUUGCAAACUGGCAUUUCUUCAGUAAGAAAGAAAACUGGUUACUACAUUGAUGGAAGCAAGAAUGCUUAUUUCUUCAUAAAAAAUGGAAUACUAUCUUCUGUGCAGUUUGGAAAAGAUAUAUAUGUUUACCUGAAGAACCCCCCUCCAGAAUUCCUUCCAAAAGUUGGUGCAAUUACAAUUUCAGGACUAACUGGGCUAGUCCUAGCAAGGAAAGGGUCCAGAUUUAGGAAAAUUGCCUAUCCUUUGGGACUCUGCACGCUGUGCAUAUCUCUUUGCUACCCAGCUCAGUCAGUAGUUAUUGCAAAGGUGACAGGUAAAAAGAUUUAUUCUGCAAGCCACAAAACCUAUGAAGCAAUAGGAUCACUCUGGACAAAACGGUCCACCACAGAAGGCCCCCUCCAGGAGAAAGCGGCAGGGGAAGCUCCUGCCUCAACAACAGGCAGUAGCAUCUCAGAAGCUCAUACGGCAGCUUCUGAAUCAGAGGACAAACCCAAAGCUCAGGAGACACAAACUCAUACAGGGAACACCGUUUCGGAGCCAAGUUCAGUGCCUUUGAUAGCUGAAGUGAAGGUGCCAAGUGUCAUAUCAGAACCACUGAAGGUGCCAAAGUUUAAACCUGAUCCGAGCCUCAUGGACCAUGGCCAGUCCAGUCCAGAAGAUGUGGAUCUGUAUAGUACUAGAAGCUAACAUACCAGACUGUCCCCUCUUCGGGAUACGAUAACUAUGGGACAUUAAACCGGAAGUGUAAAGUGGUGGUACUGGAUCAAGUAUUUUCUUAACCAUCCCUGUACAGCCAUUGCCGCUUUAUACAUUUUCUACUACUUCUUGCUACCAAAAAUAUUUUCUGAUUUCUAUAAUAUAAGUAGUCUCCUGAUACAGAGAGCAAGGCUGUUUUAUAGUUAUUGGAGUGCUUCAGAGGGGAUUGUUGUCAUGCAGGUAGCUAAUGUAAAUGCAAAUCACUUGAAAAAUAAAUUACUAUGCUGCUUCUGUUCGAAUCCAUGUAGUAAACGAGAAGCAUUUAAAAACUC